AUGAGAGAAACACCUCGAUCAAAUGGCCAUGAAGAGAGAAUUUUUGUUUCAGUUAGGUUAAGGCCUUUGAAUGAGAAAGAAAGAGCCAGGAACGAUGUAUCUGAGUGGGAAUGCGUUGCUCCCAAUACCAUCCAAUGCAAGAACACCUCGUCAGAAUCAUUCUCCUCAUUGGAUGCCUACACGUUUGACAAUGUAUUUGGGGAGGGUUGCUCCACACAGCAGGUAUACGAAGCAGGGGUCAAGCAAGUUGCUCUUUCAGUGCUUACUGGUAUCAAUUCUAGUGUUUUCGCAUAUGGACAAACAAGCAGUGGAAAGACAUAUACCAUGACUGGAAUUACUGAAUAUGCAGUGACAGAUAUAUAUGACUACAUAGCGACGCAUCAAGACAGAGAAUUUGUUCUGAAGUUUUCUGCCAUGGAGAUCUAUAAUGAAAAUGUCAGAGACCUUCUAAGUGCAGAUAACACCCCCCUUAGAGUUCUUGAUGAUCCGAGGAAAGGGACAACCAUAGAGAAACUUAAAGAGGAGAUUUUGACAGGGAGGAGCCAUUUGCAGCAACUCCUUUCUAUAUGUGCUGCUCAAAGGACAACAAAAGAAACGUCCAUGAAUGAAACUAGCUCCAGAUCUCAUCAAAUUCUUCGCUUGGUGUGCACUUCAUCACUAAAUUCCUUUCAUUGAUUGGGAUAAACAAUUAAAAGUUCUCCUAGUCAUUAUGUAGGCACUCGCAGGUCCGGCAUUCUUGUAGCUAGUGUGUAUUUUGUCGAUCUUGCUGGAAGUGAGCGAGCUUCUCAAGCAUUAACAAAGGGUACAAGACUGAGAGAAGGUGGCCAUAUAAAUCGCAGUUUACUAACCCUUGGAACUGUGAUCCGGAAACUAAGCAAGGAAAGAAAUGGACAUAUACCUUAUAGAGACUCCAAGCUAACUCGCAUCUUACAAAACUCUUUAGGAGGCAACGCCCGAACAGCCAUCAUUUGCACCAUUAGUCCAACACGCAACCAUGUCGAGCAAUCAAAAAAUACCCUGUUUUUUGCUUGUUGUGCUAAACAAGUGACUACUAAUGCUAAAGUCAAUGUCAUGAUGUCAGACAAGAUUUUGGUAAAGCAUCUGCAGAAGGAAUUAGCUAGAAUGGAGAAUGAGUUAAGGAGCCUUGCGCCAAACACUCAGAUGCUUAAGGAGAAAGAACUUCAGAUUGAACAGAUGACUAACGUGAUAAAAGAAUUGACUCGGGAACGUGAUACUUUCCAAUCUCAUGUCGAAAAUUUGCUUCAGUCGGUAGGGAAAAAUCAGUUUCUGAGUGUCCAUAAAGAUACGGCCUCAGAAUGUUCAGGUUUUACUAAUAAUCUUCAUCCUGCUACGGAUCUUAGAACAGGCAACGCAUCUGAAGAUUCCAAUGAACCAAGACGCAUUGAAUCUCUGUUGAAUAAGGUCCUUUCUCAACAGCCACAGAAUCCUGAAGACAAUUUUCUUCUGGACGGGAAUACUCCUGAGUUUAUUGGGCCUGAUCCGUGUCAGGGUUGGGAAGAGAUGGCUGGCAGAGUUGAUUCUGAAAAUGGAGAUAACUGUAAGGAGGUUCAUUGCAUUGAAGACCACAAAGUAGAUGUUAAUUUGUUGAUUUCUGCUUCUGAAGAUAUUGGAGGAAAAUCACCCAUGAGACUUAAUGGUGAUGCCAAAUCAUUAAAAGAGGAUAAUGAGUUAAUUCACGAAAUUAUAGAUAAUAAUCAAGAUGUUCUUCAGCAAAAAAUUGAGGACCUUCAAAGAACCAUCGACCGUCUUGGAGGUUUCACAGAGAAAUUCAACAGGUCUUUUGAAUCACAUAUUUCCCCAUCAAGUAGUUUGCAACUUACUAGAAGCAAUAGUUGCCGGUCAAUUGUCGCUGCUACAUCUCAUCUUCAGUUCGACCAGGUGGAUCAGGAAAUCAAACCACAUUCUGAGUCUGGUAGGUUGGAGCGCCAAGAUAUGUUAUCCCCUCAGCUUGAUCAGCCAGACCAUAAAAUUGUGUCGCCUAAGUUCAGUAAGCCAGAUAAGGAACCAGCGUCAACUCGUCAGUUUGAUGAUAAUUCAGAGCUUAAAACCAUGUUACUUCCUCAGUUCAAAAAGCCAGAGGAGGAAACUGUUACAUCACCAACUGAGGUUGAGCAGGACAGCUCUACGAGUUCACCAUGCUUUCAUGAGAAGCUUUCUGAAAGGAAAAUUCAAGCCAAAAAAGGAAAAUCACCCAAAGAACAUUUUCAAACCCACCAAAUGGCUACUUUAGAUGAAGUGGAAUCUGUUAUGGACUCUGAUAUGGAAGAUGCUUCCAGCGUCCUCAAUUUUGUUGUGAAAAUGAAUGGAAGGUCGAAGAAAACACGAUUGAAGGACUUCGAUGAUCUUAUGGCACGUUCAAUGACAUCUGGCUUCAAUGAAAUCGGCAAAGCUAGACUUAUCAACUUCCAAGGUGUGCCGGGAGCUUUGCUGCCUUCUAAAUUUGAGAGGCAGCAGAGAUACAUGGUCGAACUUUGGGAUGCAUGCAAUGUACCACUGGUUCAUAGAUCCUAUUAUUUUCUUCUCAUCAUAGGCGAAUUAUGGGAUCCUAUGUACUUGGACAUUGAGCUCAGACGUUUGUCCUUCCUAAAGGAGAAAUUUUCUGCUGGAGCCCCUAUGAUAGAAGACAUUCAGAAUCUCACACCUGAUUUGAGCCGCAUGGCGCUUGAUCGAGAGAGGAAGAUGCUAAGUAAAAAAGUGCACAAGAAGCUCUCGAGGAAGGAAAGAGAGAAAUAUUACGUGAAUUGGGGUAUUGAUUUGAAGUCAGGGCACAGAAGUUUGCAAUUGGCAUGGCGACUGUGGACGAGUACGAAAGAUAUUGAGCACUUGAGAGAAAGUGCCUUACUCGUUGCAAGGCUGAUUGGUCUGAUGGAGUUGAAUGAGGCCCAGAAGAAGAAUUUUGGACAUAAUUUCUUAGCCUUAUUUAAGAGCCGUAAAACCCUCAGUUUUGGAGUACACUAUGAUAUAGCCCAAGAUGAUUCUUCUUCAUUGAGAAGAAUUGUAAGAUGA